GGUGCGGAUCAUUUAUAACAUACGAAGUGGAGAAAGACAGUUGUCCAGACGAGAGGAUGCGCAUAAAAUAAUCUAUUUUUUCUCCUCGCUCCCUUGCGAAUGCCAUGAUGUGGGAAUGGAAUUUCUAACUGAGACAGGAGUUGCGUGUCCAAAAUGUAGACAUUUGUAUGUAACCAAGAGAUGACGAUAAACCACUAAGAAUGUUUUGCACAAAAUUGAAAGACCUGAAAAUCUCUGGAGAAUGUCCAUUCGCCGGUAUUGGUCGUGUGGACGAACCCGGAGACUUUGAGGAACGUACAAGUGACCAUACCGGGGAUGUACUGGCAAUUUCCAAUGAUGUGUAUGGACAUGUAUCGGAGGUGCUACCUCAAAGGAAGACAAGCAAGACUAGAGUCAAUCUUCAUUCAUUAGGGGAGAGCAUCCGCAAAUUAGCAUGUCCCGAGUUUCAAAGACUGCAUACUGCCUUUCUGCAAAUGAUGAAACAGCAUACGUUAGACAAGAAAUGCCCUUCCGUGUGUUAUGCAGACAUCUGUCAAGAUAGGACCUUUGAUCGACCAGAGCAUUUACUGGAGAUCAUGAAGAAUUAUUCUCUCAAAACAGGUAUUCACAUGGACGCUUUGAAAGUCUCCCUUGGCGAGGAGCUGUUCCAAACGUGCUUCGACGAGGACAGCCAUAUUCUGCAGGUGGUGGGGGGAACCCUCAGCGACUUCCUGAACAGCUUCAAUGUCCUGUUGAAACAGGGCAUCGUCCCAAACCCGCCAGAACCAGCCGCUCUGCAAGCCAACCUAGACAGAAUAAAAGAUAAUGUAAACAACGAAUCAGCGUCGGUGCUGUGCCUGGACAAGGAUCUGGGUCUGCACACCGUGUACUACUUCAACCCCGGGCAGACCACGGAGUUCUUCUUCCCUGGUGUCAUCAAGGCGGCCGCCCGCCUGCUCUACGACACCACCGUGGAGGUGUUCAUGGACAUGGAGAUGGAGAUGGACCUUCAAGGAGGCACCAAGGAGAGCGUAGGCCCCUUGCAGUUCCAAGCUGGGCCCCGGCAGCCCAGCCUGCUCUACUCGGUGGUGGUGAAGGAUGCCAAGAGCCUGAGCCCCAGUCCCAUGAGGGCCACGUCGGUUGGGACCAUGCCCACCUCGCUCUUCUCCUCCACCUUCCCUUUCCACCUCUUUCUGGAUCAGGACCUGGGCCUGUUGCAAAUCGGUGACGGCCUACGGAAGAGGCUUAGCCGGAAGGAUGGCCUGAGGCGGCCCGCUGCCUUCCAGGAGCACUUUGCCAUCGUCACGCCCCAGAUCAGGUGCACCUUCCAAGGCAUCUUGACUAUGCUGAACACACAGUUUAUCAUUCGGAUAAAGCACCAAGGGGGCUCCAUGGCCGAUGACACAGGGAGGCUCAUGGACCUGAAAGGCCAGAUGAUCUGCAUCUCAGAGUCCAAUGCCAUCCUCUUCCUGGGCUCGCCGUGCGUAGACAAGCUAGAGGAGCUGACUGGCCGUGGCCUCUACCUGUCUGACAUCCCCAUCCACAACGCCCUGCGCGACGUGGUCCUGGUGGGCGAGCAGGCCAAGGCCCAGGAUGGCUUGAAGAAGCGCCUAGGCAAGGCCAAGGCGGCCCUGGAGCACGCUCACCUCGCCCUGGAGGAAGAGAAGAAGAGGACGGUGGAUCUGCUUUUCACCAUUUUCCCGGGGACGGUGGCCCAGGAACUUUGGCAAGGCCACACGGUGGAUGCCAGGGAGUUUGAGCAUGUCACCAUGCUGUUCUCGGACAUCGUAGGCUUCACGGCCGUGUGCUCACGCUGCACGCCUAUGCAGGUGGUCACCAUGCUCAAUGAGCUGUACACACGCUUUGACCACCACUGCGGGGAGCUGGAUGUAUACAAGGUGGAGACUAUCGGUGAUGCGUACUGUGUGGCUGGUGGCUUGCACAAGGAGAGCGAGACUCACGCAGUGCAGAUUGCCCUCAUGGCGCUGAAGAUGAUGGAGCUGUCCGAUGAGGUCAGGACGCCCACUGGUGAGCCAAUCAAGAUGCGAAUUGGCCUGCACACUGGCUCAGUUCUGGCCGGUGUUGUUGGCGUGAUGAUGCCGCGCUACUGUCUGUUUGGCAACAACGUCACAUUGGCAAAUAAGUUUGAGUCCUGUAGCGUACCUGGAAGAAUCAACGUUAGCCCCACAACCCACAGAUUGCUGAAAGAUUGUCCAGAGUUUGUCUUCAUUCCCCGGACCAGACAGGAUCUUCCGCCAAACUUUCCGCCGGAUAUUCCUGGUGUUUGUUACUUCUUGGAGGAUUUUGAUCAAUGAUCGGGCAAAACCACAAGUGACUGUGAGACUGCUGAACCAUGCUACAGCAAUACAAACUUCAUGGUUGAGAAAACAUAGAUAGAUGAUGAGACACAGCCACACCUGGGUUCAAUUAAUAUUUGAAAUCUUUGAGCGUUUGAUUGAGCCUGCCUGGAGCACCAAAUUUGGAGAGUUUGCACUUUUAGCAAUAUUCCAUUGGUUCCAUCGUGCCAUGCCAGCUCAAUCGAGUAGAGUAUUUGAAAGAAAACUAAUAUUUGUAUCCAGGUCUAAAUACAGCUAGCACCCGUUGCUGUAGAUUUCUUUAGGGGAUGUAGAAAUGUUGAUUAUUCUCUUACAAAAUCGCUAGAUGUACAUUUUGUAUGCUUUCACUGGUUUAUUCACCUCACCAGAUUCACAUAAUUUCUUAAACUGUAAUUAUACUACAACUGCCUAUGUAACUACCAAGUAAAUACAUACAGGUAUUAAUCACACAUUGGGACUUAAAGGGAUAGUCACCCAAAUCACAAAAUUACAUAUUGGUUUCCUUAGCCUAUAAUUUUUUUAUUUUUUAUUUAACCUUUAUUUAACCAGGUAGGCAAGUUGAGAACAAGUUCUCAUUUACAAUUGCGACCUGGCCAAGAUAAAGCAAAGCAGUUCGACACAUACAACGACACAGAGUUACACAUAGAGUAAAACAAACAUACAGUCAAUAAUACAGUAUAAACAAGUCUAUAUACAAUGUGAGCAAAUGAGGUGAGAUAAGGGAGGUAAAGGCAAAAAAAGGCCAUGGUGGCAAAGUAAAUACAAAAUAGCAAGUAAAACACUGGAAUGGUAGAUUUGCAGUGGAAGAAUGUGCAAAGUAGAAAUAAAAAUAAUGGGGUGCAAAGGAGCAAAAUAAAUAAAUCAAUUAAUUAAAUUACAGCAGGGAUAGAGGGUAGUUGUUUGGGCUAAAUUAUAGGUGGGCUAUGUACAGGUGCAGUAAUCUGUGAGCUGCUCUGACAGUUGGUGCUUAAAGCUAGUGAGGGAGAUAAGUGUUUCCAGUUUCAGGGAUGUUUGUAGUUCGUUCCAGUCAUUGGCAGCAGAGAACUGUAAGGAGAGUCGGACAAAGAAAGAAUUGGUUUUGGGGGUGACUAGAGAGAUAUACCUGCUGGAGCGUGUGCUACAGGUGGGAGAUGCUAUGGUGACCAGCGAGCUGAGAUAAGGGGGGACUUUACCUACCAGGGUCUUGUAGAUGACAUGGAGCCAGUGGGUUUGGCGACGAGUAUGAAGCGAGGGCCAGCCAACGAGAGCGUACAGAUCUCAAUGGUGGGUAGCAUAUGGGGCUUUGGUGACAAAACGGAUUGCACUGUGAUAGACUGCAUCCAAUUUGUUGAGUAGGGUAUUGGAGGCUAUUUUGUAAAUGACAUUGCCGAAGUCGAGGAUUGGUAGGAUGGUCAGUUUUACAAGGGUGUGUUUGGCAGCAUGAGUUAAGGAUGCUUUGUUGCGAAAAAGGAAGCCAAUUCUAGAUUUAACUUUGGAUUGGAGAUGUUUGAUAUGGGUCUGGAAGGAGAGUUUACAAUCUAACCAGACACCUGGGUAUUUGUAGUUGUCCACGUAUUCUAAGUCAGAGCCGUCCAGAGUAGUGAUGUUGGACAGGCGGGCAGGUGCAGGUAGCGAUCGGUUGAAGAGCAUGCAUUUAGUUUUACUUGUAUUUAAGAGCAAUUGGAGGCCACGGAAGGAGAGUUGUAUGGCAUUGAAGCUUGCCUGGAGGGUUGUUAACACAGUGUCCAAAGAAGGGCCAGACGUAUACAGAAUGGUGUCAUCUGCUUAGAGGUGGAUCAGAGACUCACCAGCAGCAAGAGCGACAUCAUUGAUGUAUACAGAGAAGAGAGUCGGUCCAAGAAUUGAACCCUGUGGCACCCCCAUAGAGACUGCCAGAGAUCUGGAUAAGCAGUCUAUGGACAAAUUAAGAAAGCAAUCCAUGCUUUAAUUUGGAUUAACUGGUCUCCAAAUGCAAGUCAAUAUCCCUGCAUUUUUCGCCUCUCAUCUUGUCCUUAGACUGCAUACAGGCUAAGUGCCAAGGAAACCAAUAUGCAAUUUUGGAAUUUGGUUGAACUAUCCCUUUAAAGAGAAUUACACAUUAACUAAUGUCACGGCAUGGCUAGAACACAAUUAAUUUGCUUCCAUUCCAAUUAAUAUUUACUACUGUGAUUAGUUUUGUAUUGUCCAAGCGACAAUAAAUAUUGUGAUUAACAGUUUUGUUCUACUACUCUGAUGUUUGGAAUAUAUUUUCAGUUUUCCUGCGAGCAUAGUUAUAGAACAGGUAACUGACCAAAUAAAGGAAACACUAACAUAAAAUGCCUUAAUAGGGCGUUGGGCCACCACGAGCCAGAAUAUCGUUAGUGCACCUUGGCAUGUAUUAUAUAAGUGUUUGGAAACUAUCGGAGGGAUGCAUCACCAUUCUUUCAUGAUACAUUUGAUCAUUUGAUGUUUUGUUGAAGGUGGUGGAAAACGUUGUCUCGGGCGCCGCUCCAGAAUCUCCCUUAAGUGUUCAAUUGGGUUGAGAUCCGGUGACUGAGCAUAUGGUUUACAUAGGUUUCAUGCUCAUCAAACCAUUCAGUGACUAGUCCUACCCUGUGAAUGGAGGCAUUGUCAUCCUAUGUGGCAUAGCCAUGGUAGCCAAAAUAAUGGCCUGCCCAGCAUUUUUAUACAUGAUCUUAAGCGUGAUGGGAUGUUAACUGCUUAACUAACUCAGGAACCGCACUUGUGUGGAAGCAGCUGCUUUCAAUAUACUUUG